CUCACCUCCAAAUCCUCUAAAAAUAAUUAACCCAAGGCAGUGAAGCAGAGGCGGGCAAAUGGCAGCCAUGGCAACUACCUCCAGUGUUGCAGCAGGCCUGGGAUCUCCUCUCCCUCUCGUACGCCGCCGUUCUUCGAAGCCAACUCUCAUCACUUCUGGAUUCAUAAGGCCUCAGGUGGCUUCAAGGAACCCUCUCAAUCUGAACCUGGCUUCAGGUGGAAGGUUCACCUGCUUUGAGAGGGAUUGGCUUCGCACCGAUCUGAAUGUGAUUGGAUUUGGCCUGAUUGGGUGGCUUGCACCAUCGAGCGUUCCGGCGAUCAAUGGCAACAGCUUGACAGGGCUCUUCUUCCAGAGCAUCGGCGCCGAGCUCGCUCACUGGCCCACUGGCCCGGCCCUCACAUCUCAAUUCUGGUUGUGGAUGGUCUUAUGGCACCUGGGGCUGUUCCUUUGCCUCACAUUCGGCCAGAUUGGUUUCAAGGGAAGGACUGACCAAUACUUCUAAAAGACUCGAUCUCCAUUCAGGCUCUGUGUACUGUUGUGUACACCAUGGCUUGUCAUGUUUUCUGAUCUGUGUUUUAUCUAUCGCAGUGCAAUGUUGGUCUUUAAAUUAUUUGGGUCAGAAACUCUCAUAACUUAGUAGAGUAGAUCGCAACUGUUCAAGUCCCACAAA